GCGACGCUGAGUGGCGGUGGGAUGGGAGUGCCGGCGCCGAUCCGCGGCUCCCACACACAAAUGCUCUUUACUUUGCUACCGCCCGCAACACAGCACAACGGUGCAGUCCGGGGCGGGGGUGGGUGCGGUGGGGCGCCCGGGGCCGGGGCCGAACCUUUUCCGCCCCCGCGGGCUGCAGGUUAGGCGCAGCUCCUGCAGGCACGUGACCAGUGUCGAGCGGCGCGCGGCGGCCAAGGCGGGCCGAGCCUGGCCGGGGGCGGGGCCUGACGGGAGCUCCGCCCCGUCCCGGGCCAGUUAACUGGCGGCCGGGGCGCGGGCGCGCACUUCGCCGUGCAGCGGUCGGAAGAGCUGGUGGCCUGGCAGCUACGGCUAUGGCCACGGUGCGGGAGAAGGCGGCGGCUCUGAACUGUUCAGCUCUCCACAGCCCAGCGCAGAAGCCUCCAGGUUUCAGCGUGGCCCAGAAACCAUUCGGAGCCACCUAUGUGUGGAGCAGCAUUAUAAACACUCUUCAAACACAGGUGGAGGUGAAAAAACGAAGACACCAUUUAAAAAGACACAAUGACUGCUUUGUUGGUUCAGAAGCUGUGGAUGUCAUUUUUUCUCACCUAAUUCAGAAUAAAUAUUUUGGUGAUGUAGAUAUUCCUCGGGCCAAAGUGGUAAGAGUGUGUCAAGCACUUAUGGACUACAAAGUAUUUGAAGCAGUUCCAACCAAAGUCUUUGGAAAAGACAAAAAACCUACAUUUGAAGAUAGUAGUUGCAGCCUUUAUAGAUUCACAACCAUACCUAACCAAGACAGUCAAUUAGGCAAAGAGAAUAAACUAUGUUCACCUUCCAGGUAUUCAGAUGCAUUAUUUAAGUCAUCUGAUUCCAAAUCGGCAAGUUUAGAGGAUCUCUGGGAAAAUCUGAGUUUAAAGCCUGCUAACUACCCUCACAUAAACAUGUCUACAACCUUGUCUCCACAAGUUAUUAAUGAAGUAUGGCAAGAAGAAACAAUUGGACGUCUGCUGCAGCUUGUAGACCUUCCACUUCUUGACUCUUUACUCAAACAGCAAGAGGUUGUAUCUAAAGUUCCUCAGCCUAAGAGGCAACCUGACUUGAUCAACAACAGUAACUAUCUGGAUCGAGGGAUUCUCAAGGCUUAUAGUGACUCUCAGGAAGAUGAAUGGCUGUCUGCAGCAACUGACUGCUUAGAAUACCUUCCUGAUCAGAUGGUGGUGGACAUAAGCAGAAACUUUCCUGAGCAACCAGAUAGGAUAGACCUAGUGAAAGAACUUCUGUUUGAUGCCAUUGGCAAAUAUUACAGUAGUAGGGAACCUCUGUUAAAUCAUUUAUCUGAUGUUCAUAAUGGCAUUGCAGAACUCUUAGUGAAUGGGAAGACUGAAAUAGCAUUAGAAGCUACUCAGCUCUUUCUAAAGCUUUUGGAUUCCCAAAAUAGAGAAGAAUUUAGAAGACUACUGUAUUUCAUGGCUGUUGCAGCACAUCCUUCUGAAUUUAAAUUACAGAAAGAAAGCGACAACCGAAUGGUUGUGAAAAGGAUAUUCUCAAAAGCUAUUGUUGACAAUAAAAAUUUAUCCAAAGGCAAAACUGAUCUUCUGGUACUCUUUUUAAUGGAUCAUCAAAAAGAUGUUUUUAAGAUUCCAGGAACUCUACAUAAAAUUGUUAGUGUUAAGCUCAUGGCCAUUCAGAAAGGAAGAGAUCCAAAUAGAGAUACAGGAUAUAUAUAUUGCCAGAGAAUUGAUCAAAGUGAUUAUUCUGACUAUACACAGAAGACAACUAAGGAUGAACUAAUGAAUUUACUAAAAACUAUUGAUGAGGAUUCAAAACUAUCUGCCAAAGAGAAGAAAAAAUUGCUAGGUCAGUUCUACAAGUGUCAUCCAGACAUCUUUAUUGAGUAUUUUGGAGACUGAGUUUUUUAAUGUCUGUGUAUAAAUUAUGUAUUUUAAGAAUAAAUUAUGUAUCCCAAAUACCUAAUCACAUUUGUAAUCUUGGGUGUUCUAAAUAUGAAAUUGUACUUAAUAAAAUGUUUUUUGUAUAAACUGAGUCUUAGAUGGUGUAUUGCUGUUAAGUAUUGACCUGUU